AUGUUCAUUAGCACUGAGCUUUCAGAUAAACUAUUCCGAAAAAUGCCACCUAUAAUCGGUAAUGAAAUUGAAGCUGCCUUUAAAGCAAAGUAUCCAGCUAAUCAGGUAGGUGUAAUACCUAGAAUUCAUUUCACAUACCAGUAUUUGGCAGAAAUAUGCAAAAAGGCGGCCAUACAGAAAAGUGUAAAAGACCUUGCUUUCUGUAGCAAAAUUCCAAUACCAGGUUACUACAAUAAGCAGAAAAAGUAUGGUUUACGAAAAGCCAAGAACUAUAAAGGAAAGCCACAUGAUUCCCAUGUUCGGGUUUUCAAGAAAAAGAAGGCAGAACAGCAGAAAAAAUGCAAGUGUUUCAUCUGCGGGGAGCCAGGCCACUUUGCCCGAGAUUGUAAGAAGCAAACGGGCAAUAUUGCAAGAGCAGCUAUACUUAAUCAAUUAGAUCUACCCUCUGACUAUGAUAUAUUAUCUGUAGAUCUUAAUGAAGCUGAUUCUGAUGCAAUUUGUUCCUUUUCAGAAGGAGAAGCAGGCCCAAAUUAUGUAAAUCUAGUCCUGGAAGAAACACCUGGAUACAAGAAACAGUAUUUGUAG